GUGGAAGAUGGUCACAAGAGGAUUUUGGGUAUCGUGGUAAGAUGCACGCUGCUCCAUGAACGUAGCAAUAUCAUCCAAGCGAAACAUGGCAUCAAAAUGUUUGUCGAUCUUGAAUACUGCUUCAAGCUGUUGCUCAAGCGCAUUCGAAUCGCCGUGGUCGACUUGGCGUCUCCAUCAAUUACGUUGUCGAACGGUACCGUCGGUAUCAGACCCAGGGUGGUUUUCGCCAAUGACAAGAGCAAGGUCUUGGUUUCUGGAGGGAACUAUAAGCAGUUGAACGAUUCGAGUGUUCAAUGAGCAAGCGGAGUUGCUGAUG